UUCGGAAUGCGCAUUUUUAUUUACUGAAUUUUAAAAUUUUUAUUCUUUCAAUUCUGUCAUCAUUCUAAUCAUUUUAAUCGAAAUGUCAGUGGCCAGUGAUUUUAGUUUUCAAGUUGAAUUUGCCGUUUUAAUGAAAUGUGAUGCAUGUCGUGUAAAAAUUAUUAACGAAUUAAACAAUUUAUCUUCGGUUCAGAUUGACGAAAUAAGUGUGGCCAAUCAACGUUUAGUUUUACGUUUGAAUGAAUCAAGUCCAAGUGCAUUUGAAAUACAAAAUUUAUUGGAAAAAAAAUUACGAUUAAAUACAAUUAUUCGUGGUACUGGUGAUUUUAUAGCUGCCGUUGGUGAAAUUCGUGGAUCUGCAAAUUAUCCCAAUGUUUUUGGUGUUGCCCGUUUUGUCCAGAAUGAACAUAAACAAUGUCUCUUUGAUGCUGUUAUUGAUGGAUUCAAAGAUUCAUCAUCAUCAUCAUCAUACAAUGUUGGUAUCCAUGAAUAUGGUGAUUUAAGCGAUACUGAUUUAAAAUCAAUUGGUUCCGAAGUUUUCAAUAUUGCCACCAAUGUUCAACCAAUUGAUGGUCAAUUGUUGGUGAAGAAAAAAAUCGAAAAUAUCGAUAUAUCAACAAAAAUUGGCCAAAGUUUAGCCAUAAGUAGUAAUAACGUUAAUGGUGAUAUUAUUGCUGCCAGUGUUAUUGCACGUGCUUCAAAAAUAUUGAAUAAUACCAAAAAAGUAUGCGCUUGUAGUGGGAAAACAUUGUGGGAAGAACGAGAAACCGAAAACCGAAAACAUCUUUAAAAAUCCGAAAUCCGAAAAUAUUUUUAAAAUUUUAAAAAUAGUAUCGAUUGUUUCGGGUAUCGAUGAAGAUCGAU